ACCUCUCUCUCUCUCUCUCUCUCUCUCUCUCUCCCCCCUCAUACAACACCAAAUACAAAUGCUUUAUCCUUCACCAGAUUAUGUGAACAUGGCUUCCAAGUUUUCUUCCUCCGCCUCCUCCUCCUAUUCCAAACAACGAGUAGUCCCCUUGGUUCUCUAUCUAAUUAUGCUCUCUCUAUUCUUCCUAUGCCUAAUGGUCUCGUAUAGUUUUCGUCCCACCGAGUCGAAUAAUUCAGCUACCAUUCGACACGAACAGGUUAUCAAGAACAAAACUGAGAAUGCGGACUGGUUCGUUGCCAUUUCCAAACGAUUCAAAAUCAAGGGUAGAAAAAUUAAGGUAGGUUUGGUCAAUGUAGAUGAACAUAUUCAUCGUCAGCUCCGAGGACUAUCAGAUGUAGAGGCAGUCUCAGUGGCAUUCGAACGCGUAGCUAGGGAUCGAAAAUGGGAGGAUUAUUUUCCCGAAUGGGUUGACGAAGACGAGGAACGGGGGAAACCAAAGUGUCCGGAAAUCCCAAUUCCUAAGCUGGAGAAUUACGAGGGCAUCGAUGUGGUACUGGCCAAGGUUCCAUGUGGAGCAAAUAGGACGAGUGACAAGGAAGGGAUUAGGGAUGUGUUUAGAUUACAAGUUAAUUUGGUGGUGGCUAAUCUCGUGGUGGGGAGAGCGUGGAUGAAGCCUGAUGCUCAUCGGACGGUGUAUGUUGUGUUUAUCGGGGCUUGUGGACCGAUGGUGGAGAUUUUCAGAUGUGAUGAUCGCUUGAUGCAUAGAGGGAAGUAUUGGGUUUAUAGGCCUAAUAUUGGGAGAUUGAAACAAAAGGUGCAUAUGCCUUUUGGAUCUUGCCAAAUUGCUCCGGGUUAUGCAGAAACAGGCAGAGAAAUCUGGAGAAAAUACAUGGUGGAAACAAGCUCAUGGAUUCCAUACGAGAAGCGUAGACUUGCCUAUGUCACAAUCCUGCACUCCUCAGAAGCCUAUGUAUGUGGUGCAAUAGCCCUAGCUCAAAGCAUCAGACAAACCAACUCCACCAAAGACCUAGUCCUCCUUGCAGACGACUCCAUCACUCCUAAAUCCAUCCAAGGCCUAACCGCGGCCGGAUGGAAUAUCAAGCGAAUCCAAAGAAUCCGAAGCGCAUCUGCGCAAAAAGGAUCCUACAACGAGUGGAACUACAGCAAACUCCGGGUGUGGCAGCUCACGAAGUAUGACAAGGUCAUUUUCAUCGACGCGGACCUUCUAGUCCUCAAGAACAUUGACAGUUUCUUCGUGCACCCGCAACUGUCAGCCGUGGGGAAUAACAAGAUGUUGUUCAACUCCGGCUUAAUGGUCGUGGAGCCAUCGAACUGCAUGUUCGAAUACCUAAUGCGAAAAACGUUCACAAUUGAGUCAUACAACGGCGGCGAUCAGGGUUUUUUGAAUGAGAUUUUUACUUGGUGGCAUAGGUUGUCUUGGAGGCUAAAUGCACUAAAAUAUUUUGAGGGACCAAAAGCUGCAAAUCAUGAGAUGCCUGAGGACCUGUAUGCAUUACAUUACUUGGGGUUCAAGCCUUGGGUGUGUUACAAAGAUUAUGACUGCAACUGGGAAGGGAAUGGCAGCAGCGUCUUCGCGAGCGAUUCGGCUCACGAAAAAUGGUGGAAAAUGUACGAUCAGAUGCCAAAGGAGCUAAAAUCUUACUGUGGUUUGACGAAGAAAAUGGAUAAAGAUUUGAAGAAGAGGAGAGUGAAAGCAGCUAAGGCUAAUUUUUCUGAUGGACAUUGGAAAAUUGAGAUUAAGGACCCAAGACAGCAUCAUUUAUAUAUGUAGUCCUUGCUUUUAUUUUGAUAUAAUUUCUUGUGUACUUUUAUGUAAUUCUGUUUGGUAUAUUGGCUUCCAAAGAACAAGAUACAAACAAUAGCCAAGCU